GUGAAAAUUCCUCAAGUGGUUCUUUUGUUCGUGUGUGUGUGUGUGGAGGGGGAGAGCGUGGAUGUGUGGCAUGAAAAGCAGCCAGCAGAAGGCUGAGUGCUCGGCGGGCUGACGCUCCUCAUGCGGAGGGAGGGAAGGAGAAGGAUGAGGAGGAGCCGAGGAAGGAGCUGAGCUAUGUGGCAAAUCCCUGAAAGCGGCGGAGCGCCCUUUGUGUCGGAAGAAGUGAUGGAAGGAGAGAAGGAAAGACAGAGACAGCAGCGGGAUGAGAAAGAGAGCAACGAAGCCGAGGAUUACAGGAAGAGUGACGACGACACAGACAAGGUCGAGGAAGAGGAUGAAGAUUCGGUGGGGGCGGCGCUGGUCUGGCAGGAACGCUAUGGCGAGGACAAUCUGGGCCUUCCUAUCAUGCACUGGGAGGCGCUGAGCCUGCGCAUAGCUGAGCUUGAGAAGCAGGAAGAAGAGAAGAAGGAGAAGAAGUUAAAGAGCGGCAUUUCUCUGGAGCGAGGCAGAUCCCCAGUCAGCUGGAAAGAGGAGAGAGGGAAGAGAGCAGACAGCUGGGAGGAUGGAGACGAUGCCUGCAACAGCCACGUGCUGGCGCUGACCUCUCGCCUGCAGACACGGAUGAAUCUGCAGCUCUGCUUCAUCAACAACAGUGAAAGUGAAGAAGAAGAGGAGGAGGAGGAGAAGAAAAGGGAAGUCAGAAAGAAGGAGCGCGACUCCUGGAGAGGGUCGGGGCAGAUUCACAAGGAUCCUCAGCCUCCUGCCAAGCCUGAGAAACCAAAGUCCCGAGGCUUCAGGAACACUCUGAAGAACCUGCGAGACCGACUGAGAGCAGACCACAAAUCACUGACUGCGGCUCAGAGUGAUCCUGUAGUCCAAAGGAGACAUGUGGAGUGCAGCGAUUUGCAGAGUUUCACUAUCAAGGAGCUGAAUGCUCUCUGCGCAUCUCUGAGCCAAGCCAUACAAGAUCUGAGCUCGGAGCUGGUGGGUCGCCUGCAGGUCCGAGACCAGCUGAGAACGGAGCAGGACGCCAUGCUGCUGGAGGUACAGGAUCUAACAUCACUGUGACAUCAGGCUCCACGUUUGGAGCAGUGGGGAGCGGUUAUAUGACUUAAACGUUAUUAGGAUUUUUCCACAGAGUCCUCCACAAUGUCUCAGACAUCUGUGGGUCUGACUGGCCAAUCACUGUGAAGUGUUACACCCUGGCAGGACUCCAACUUUCAGAUGCACAUUUUUUUUUUCUUCUUUUUUUACGAUCUGUGUUUUUUUUAGGUGUACAAGGGAAAUUUUGACCCACUAAAGACUGACAGCCGAUAUUUUUACAUACCAGAAAUGAGAGCGGCUGGAAAACUGCAUGUCAGCAUGGACUUUGUGCUGAAGAGGGAGACACACAGGCAGUGGGCGGGGGGGCUUGUAACAAUUUUUGUAUGUAUGUCCUUUUGGUCAUUUUAUCUGCUCAGAUUACAGCAUGAGUAUAAGUUACAGGUCAAACCUUUGCAGCCAGGCUAGAAGCAGGGGAAAAACACCAUCCAAAAUAUUAGUGUCAAUUAAUUUUGUAUCAAUAAGCAAGUCUCCAGGCUACUCCAGGCUUCAGCGGUCGGGAUCAUUCUUGUCGUGGUGAUCUGAAACUCUUCAGGAGUGUUACUGGAAUCAGUUAACAGGCGCUGAUGAGAGCGGAUUUUCCCGUCUCUCUUGAAAAUGCACUGAACCCAGAUCAGUCAGUACAGGCUCCUGAUUUACCGCCUGAGUAUAUUACCAUUCCAUCAUUUCUCAUACAGAUACAAUGGACGUGGCAAUUUCUACAAAAUGGUUGGACACUCCUUAAGCUAGUAGCAACAAGUCUACCAGUAAUCCGGUCUGAAAUGCUGAUCUGGGAAGUGAGGCUUCCAAACUCUUAAAGCUGCAGCUGGGAUUGAAAAGCUCGUUUUUCCAGCUCAGCACUGGAAAACGGUGUUCCCUGCUUUGGUUUCAGUCUUUUGAUCCCGACAUCAAAGGUUUUUUUAUUCACGCUCGUCCGUGUGGGCUUUGGAGGUGAUGUUGGUAAAGGAUGAAAUGUGUUUUUUAAUGUACAACCAAUGAAACUCCUUCCUCACCAAAACGGUGUUUUUAGUAUUUAUCUUAAUUUUGACAAAUAUGAUUCUGAAAGAAUGUUUCUGAGUGAAUCUUCUUGAAUCGAGUAGCCUGUACAUUGUAACGUGCUUUUGUACUAUAUUUUUGUUACGAUGCCAUGAGUGAAGCUCAAACCAUCCUUUUUUUUUUUGGUUGUUCUUUCACAGUGAAAGUGUCUCAUCUCAUUCCUGAUAGGCUGAGAGUUUAAAACCGCCUCCAAAGCUGUUGGGGCACAGAGCAGAAUGUAAAUAUGAACAAAAUACAGUGAUUUCAAAGCCAUUUGAUCCACGUCAACCUGUCAAAUGUUGAAACUGAGAAAUGAACUGUGUUCUUUUGGACUGCAGUGCAAGCAAUGAUUUUUUUUUUUUUUUUAAAAAAAGCUGAAACAAAAAGGGCAACAAAACACUGAGCAAGUUGUGUCGUGCUCAGUCAUGAUGGCCGGGCAGGUUGGACCCAAGGAGCAGAUUUAGGGAGCUCUCGUUAACAAAAUGUAUUCGUAUAAGCACGAGGUAACCAGCAGGAGAGAAAGCAAGGCGGGAGCAUGGAAUGUUUGUCUGGAUAUGUACGGAGAAUCUGUGGAGAGGAAGAGAGACGGUGUUGAGCAGGAGCAAAAGGCAGCAUUGUGGAAGUGCGUUUAAGGGAGGGAAUGGGCUUAUUGGUGGAUCUCGGAGAGCGAGGCCUUGAGAGGGAACUUGUCAGGGUUUGGGCUGGUGGGGGGUUUCUGGGGUCCGGUGGCGGGGUGAGUGCAGACUGCUGUGAUUAGUGGGCAGGUAGAUGGAGGCUGGAGAGACCGUGGCUGAGUGUGCUGGCUCCGUGGCGAGGCUGAGUAGGUCUGCGAUCCGGCAGAAAGAAGCAAACUGAAGAGCAGGAGAGAGCAAGGUUACAGAUGGGCAGAAACCAGGCUCGCUGGAUUACCACCAUCGAGGUUGUACAAUCUGGCAGUGAGUCCUCAUCUCAGCCACACCUAAAUACCCCGGGCCCCGAUAACCAGCCACAGGUGUGCACCUUGGCAACAGCCAUGAAGGCGGAGAAACAACCGCCUGCCCACUGAACCACCUGGAAACAGACAUAUACACACAUACACCACACAGCCCGCCCCGGCCCAUGACAUGCUCAGACAGAAACAUUUCACAGAAUAACUAAAAAUGUGCAGCAACAUAACUUCUAAGUUGAUUCCUUUAAGCAGGAAAGGCGGUCCACAGCCUGCUGCCCCUCCACCGUGAUGCUUUUCCAGUCAGUGCAUCUUUUUUUCCAUUUUGCUCAGUUUCAUUGAGUUUUGUGUGAAUUCUGAAUGAAUUGUGGGUUUAAAGCUUGUCCUUUCUACAGUAGGAGAGAUGACAUAUAGACACGAGGGUCCACCAUCUUUGGUUUAAGGCAUAUUAACACUUGGGAAGCUUUUAUUGAGCCCGUCCUGUUAGUAAGCUAACAAGAUUUAUUGGCGGCAGAUAUUAUUAGAUGAUGAUAGCUAUUUGCCAGUCAAUCAGUAUUGGGAUUUAGAAAGUAAAGUAGAGAUGGGAGAAACACUCUUCAACCGUGUUAGGAGUGUUGACUUUGCACAGUCUGUCCACUAGGGGGCACCCUGCAACUUCGCUGUUGGCAACAACGCUUUGCAAAACAACCAGCUGAUCUGGGUGAGUUGGGCAGAACUUAAACUAGUAAACUAAUAACUAAACAUAACAAAUGCCAGGGAAAUCUGUUUGUUUCAUGUGCCUGAAAGAAAAAAAUAUCGGCUGAUUUAUCGGAUUUUUAAAUCGCCAAAUAUCGGUCUUAAAAAUCCUGAAUUGCUCUGGCUCUAAACAAGAUAUGAUCAACUCAAGGGGAAUGUUUGAUCCAUUGUGGGUCUGGUCUGCCCUCUCACAUGUUUCAGGAGCACUGGUGAAAUAGUAAAAUUUCUCAGUUUCAAUAUGUUUUGUAUUAUUUCUAAUUUAUAUGAUUUGCGUUCUGUUUUUAUUUACCUGUUUUUAUUUACCACAUACGGUACCAGUGUUGUGGACUAAGCAGCGAGGAUUUCAGGUUCCUUUUGUAAGGGCGUGUAGCCACAGAAGGACAAGCUCCUCUGUGCACCCAUGUUGCCUUCUCAUCCUGUGCUCAGCGCUAGGCCAAUCAUCAUAUUGCAAUAAGUGUUGAUAUUGCCUUGGUUCUAUUUUAUUUUCCCAAAGUCCCAAACGAUGUAAUUUCAAAAUAAAGAAAUCUGUGUUGGUGAGACUAAAUCUAACUAAGUCUUGCCUACUGCAAAAACAACAGUGGCAAAUAUUGCACAAUUUGCAUUUAUAGUGUUUGAAUUUCUGAUGUUUACCCAAAAGAAUCUUUUUGAGGGAUGAAUCAUUUAUUUUGUUUACAUUAGAUUUGAUUGUGCCUUUUAAUACUGCGACCACGAACCUUCUCUGGGCUCUUUCCUCCUGCCUGGCAGCUCCAUCUUCAACAUAUUUUGCACAAUAUAUCCAAUAACCCUCUUUUGCAAAUGUCCAAACCAUCUCAGCCUUUCUUCUCUAACUUUGUCCCCAAACUGGUCAGCCUGAGCUGUCCCUCUGAUGUUUCUCCUGGUCAUUCCCAAGGAAAACUUUAUCAUCUCCAACCCUUCCACCCCCAGUUCAGCCUCCUGUCUCUUUGUCACCUGCAUUUCACUUUCCCAUCAUAUAAUGCCAGCUAUAGACCAAAACUGAAAAGACACAGACAAUCUGUAUUUAUAUUUGAAUAUGCAGUUUGGUGAACUAAAUAGUCCAAGCUGAUAGCUUGGAGUGUGUUGCUAAUAGAAGCAAAUGUCAGAUUGCGACUGAACUGCGACCGUCACCUCAGACUGUAAUAAUGCAACAUAACUAUCAGGAAAACCACUUACAUCACAAGUCCAGACUUGUUGCUUAGUGUGAAAAUCUGUCUUAAUUUUUUAAGUGUCAUUUUAGAUCAGCUGUUUGAUGAGCAGGCAGCAACUCGAACAACUCGACAGUUUUACUGCUUUUUUUUAAUGUUUUCUCUCUCAAAGACAAGCAUGGAAACCCGGUACUCCUGCUUUUUUCAUCUCCCCGACUAUCCCACCUUUUCUUUACUAAACUCUUCCUUUGAAUACUUCCCUGUACCUCACCAUCCCACCACCAAGUCUCCGUGUCCUCGUUCCACUAUCCUUUUUGGAAGUUUCUUUCACCCCUUUCACAGAAUUCACUACCAUUACCACAACACCUACUCAUCACCUGUCCAUUUCAGUGUGUAUGGGAAAUGCAUGCACGUCUAACACACACAAGGUUUCUAACCAUUCUUUGACUGCACAGACUAAUUGGCAAUAAGCAGGUUUUGCGUUCUGAUUGCUAAUUAAUGUUGAAUUUAUAUUGAUAAUUAUAGAUGGUAGUUAUAAGGAUUUUUUUUAAUAACAGAGCUGUCGGGACAGUGUUUUAACUGUAAUGGUUCUACAUGAUUAUAUAAUAAAUCCCAGCUGUUCCAGGAGGUUCUUACCAUUUUUAAUAAAAUAUAUUGAAAUCA